UCCACCCCACCAUCACCUCUCAACCCAAUUAAUCUUUGUUUUCAAUUCCUUAUCUCAAUAAUUCUCUUUCUCCUUCUUCUAUAACUCUCCUCUGUUUACUCUGUUUUUUUUCACAAAACAACAUGGCUGCAUACAGAGAACCCAUGAACAUGAACAUGAGCGACAGAGCCCCGGUUUCUCCGCAGCAACCACACUCGCCGUGGCAUUCUCCGGUUCCGUACCUUUUCGGUGGUUUAGCAGCGAUGUUGGGUCUCAUAGCCUUCGCUCUGUUGAUCCUUGCAUGUUCCUAUUGGAAGCUCUCCGGGUACCUCGAAGGGAACGGGGAAACAGAACCGGACCUGGAAGCUGGCGAAACGGAACAGGACCAGAAACCUGCGAAACCGUACGAGGAGAAGAUCUUGGUGAUCAUGGCCGGGCAAGAGAAGCCAACAUUCUUGGCAACUCCGAGCGUGUCUUCGAGUUGCAGCACUAGCAGGACCUCUUCGUUCGGCGACAACACUAGCACAUGCACCUGCGAGGAGAACCGAAAAUCGCUUGAAAUGGCCGUCAAAGAGGGAAGCGCUGCCGGGACUGGGACCACCGAAACCGCACACACCUCAUCAGAUCAGAACCUUUGAAACAUAGUCACAUGUUGGGGGUUUUGUUUUGUAGUUAGGUUGCUUUCGUGAAAAAGCAAAGCUCGUGACACCUGGGUGUCUCUCUAGGUUGCAUGUUCAACAAUUGGUGCUGAUAUGGGGAUUCUCUUCUCUUCUCUUCUCUUUUUAUUUUUUCUUUUUUCUUUUUCCUUCUUCUUCUUCUCUUUCGAUUCUCGUCUAUACAUUAUUUCGGGAAUGUAAAUUCUUUGAGGUGGAAUUGAGACAUUUGCUGUUUCACAAAUCACAAUUUUGGUUUU